UUGGAGCUGGCUCAGCAUGUGGUGCGGGAGCCCAGCCGCAGUGGUGGCCUUUUGCGCCGGGCUUUGGGUCUCUAACCCGGGGCGGGCGCAGGGCCAGGAGGCCGGGGGGCGGCUGGGCGCCGACUGUGAAGUGUGUCAAGAAUUCUUGAACCGAUUCUACGACUCCUUGAUAGCCAGAGGAGUCAACUUUUCCCUGGACACCAUAGAAAAAGAAUUGAUCAGAUUUUGCUUGGAUGUCAAAGGAAAAGAAAACCGCCUGUGCUACUAUCUAGGAGCAACAAAAGAUGCGGCCACAAAGAUCCUAAGUGAGGUCACUCGCCCAAUGAGUGUGCACAUGCCUGCUGUGAAGAUUUGUGAGAAGCUAAAGAAGAUGGACAGUCAGAUCUGUGAGCUGAAAUAUGAAAAAAAAUUGGAUUUGGCAUCAGUGGACCUGUCCAAGAUGAGAGUAGCAGAGCUGAAACAGAUACUGUACAGCUGGGGGGAAGAGUGCAGGGCCUGUGCGGAAAAAAACGACUAUGUGAAUCUCAUCAAAGAACUGGCACCCAAGUACACAGCGACGUACCCCAAAACAGAACUCUGA